AUGGACAAGAGUUUGGAUGACAUCUGUCCUCUGGAACACCUCCCUUGUAAUGCUUCGUUCAUCAAUGGAACCGAUGAAGUGAUUUGUUUGCAACGAGUCCUUCAUUGCAAUGGAGAGAAUGAUUGCCCAAAUGGUGAAGACGAAAGCUAUUGCGUUGACGAUUCCGGUCGUAUUGGGGGAGCGUUUGCUAUAAUUCACGAAAAGCUCAAAAAUGGUACAAAAUUAACGCAAGAAUAUGCGCCCAAACACUGCACGAUUGAGAUGUACUUCAAAGGCGAAUGCAGUUGUAAUCUAAUCGCUGAUAGGAUUGUGUUUUGUGAAAACAGUAGUCUAACACAAAUUCCCGAUAAUCUUAAUACAAAUAUCACUAAAUUACUUCGUGUGAUUGAAAGCCAUUACUUUCAGGGUCUCAACCAAUUGAAAACUCUAUAUCUGGAAUACAAUGAGAUUAAAUCAUUCUCGUUGUCAUCCCUAACACAUACAUCACAACUAAAACUACUUUACAAACAUGAUUAA